GCUGGCGAUGGGGCUCGCCCUGUGCCUGAGCAAGACGAUGACGCGCGAGCAAAACGUGCACACGUGGGGGAAUCAGGGCAGGAGUCGCGGCCGUACGCGGCCUAGUCCGCCGCGUGCCCAGGCGCGUCGCGACUCUCGGGCCAGGUCCCCGGCCAACAGUUGGAGCGCGCAGAGAAAAAGUCAAGCUAGACAAGCGCGCUUCAAGCUCCUGCCGUGCACUCGAGAUCCACAGUGCACCCGCCCGUGGACCAUGGCGUCCUUCCUCAGAAGCCUCCACGAGUACGUUGCUCCUCCUCCACCACCAGCCAUGGAGGCCCUCCGCGAGAAGCUCCCCGUGUCGCCAAAGCACCCCUAUUUCCCCUCCGAGUCUCCCAUCGUGGGCUACCUGGCCAAUGAGUACAACACGGUCGAGCUCGUCUCGCUGUUCGCGGCCGGGUGCGCGGUCAUUUUCAGCUUGACCUACGUGACGGUGAAGAGGGUGCGCCCGAGCCUGCCCGUCUCAGACCUGUCAACCAUUCUGUGGUUCGUUCUGUGCGGCUUCAUCCAUCUGUUCUUCGAGGGAUACUACGCCUACAACUUCCGCACGAUAGGGGGGCAUCAGGAUCUGUUUGGCCAGCUGUGGAAGGAAUACGCCCUCUCCGACUCGCGGUACCUCACCGCCGACAGCGCCUUCGUGCUCUGCAUGGAGAGCAUCACUGCUGCUUUCUGGGGUCCGCUGUCGUUCGUUACGGCCGCGCUCAUCGCCGUCGACCACCCGCUCCGCCACCCCUUCACCAUCAUCGUCUCGCUCGGCCAGUUCUACGGAGACGUCCUGUACUACGCAACGAGCUUGUUCGACGAGGGCAUGCUGGGCCUCACCUACUCGAGGCCCGAGGCUGCGUACUACUGGGGGUACUUUGUUCUCAUGAACGCCUUCUGGAUUGUCAUUCCCGCCAUCCUCAUCUGGCAGAGCGUGCGUGCCUCGUCGAGGGCAUUCGCAGCGCUCAAGAGGGCCGAGAAGCUGCUCAACGGUGGUCUUCAGAAUGGCCAUGCGAAAAAGGCCCAGUAGAGCACCGCUCAUUGCUGUCUGAAUGCGCAGAAGGGAGCUUCAUCGUGUCGGUCCGAUGGCAUGGGUUCGUGACGGGCACGGUCGCUUGUACGAUAGCAAGGUAGAGAGGAGGCUGGGCGUCGGGCGUCGUGGUAGGCCACGGGCGUGACAUUGUGAUUGCGGAGAGAAUAGUGAUACCCACACUAGAGCGAGGAGCAGCUUAGACUAGACGCGCUACUGUUACUAUUAAUGUUACUAUUAAUGAUAUUGGC